CGGUAGCAUAUUCGUGGAAGCGCCUCGAGCUAAUCGCCGUCGCAGCAUUUAUAAUUUCUUUUUGCGCCAUCAGGAUGCAGUCGAUGAUAGCUUAACAUCACCAUCAGUGCAUAGAAAAAGUAAUUAUUUGAAAAUCAAAAAAAUUCGACACAACACUCACACCCAUGCACAAUCAACAAAAAAAAAAAAUUCAAUUUCCUCCACAACCACAGCCACCGAAAGACAAACCCAACCGCAAUCACAAUCGCAACUACAACAAUUACCUACGCAAAUAGCGCCAACGCCAACACGUAAACGUGCCACCAGUUUUAUACGUAAAAAGCCACCGCUUGAAAGAGGUUUGUCAGCACAAAGCGCUUUAAGAGUUAACAAAAAUGCUUUUGUCUCGGAAGGACCAACACCGGAGGUGAUUGUGACAAAACCGUCGCCGGAACAGCAAUCGGGUCCGCUUGGCUUGAGGCCGGAUAACUCAACGUUGGUGCAUGUGUUGGUGCAUCGUGAGAGUGAGGAGUACAAGGAGGAAGAAGAUGAUGAGGGCGGUGGCGGCGGUGGCGGCGACGGCGGCGGUGGUGGUGUGUCACCAGUUGGAGCGAUUGACAAAUUUAAACCACCACAAAUACAUAUUAGUCCAGGCUCCGAAGACAUACGCUUCGACGACCUCAUAACAAUGCAACAGCCCAUCGUGCAAAUAAUGGUCGAUAGUCCCAAAGACCCACCACGCGGCGACUUCUCCGAUGAAAAUCAAAACGCUUCGGCUCAGGUUUACGACUACACUGCGCCAACCAACGAAGAAAGCCCAACAAGCGAUUCUCAUAUUGAGGAGGAAAUAUCACCAGCAACAGCGAUUGAUUUAAAUGAGCCAAUUGAUGUGAACAUACAGGGUGAUACAUCCAAAGUGUUCUACGAUUACAAUCCACAGGAUGCCAAUGAAAUCAUCGUGCUGGAAACUUUAACCGAGGAGUCACCCAAAUCAGAGGAUCUACCACUCCCACAAGCUGCGCUCCCAGCACUACAACAAUCAACAAUUACUACUCCUCCAGCCUAUGCGCCAACAGCCGCCGUCACACCCACAACACCUGUGGCGGCCACUCCACCAGAUGCACCGGAGAGCGGCGCCACCAGCGGCGGUGCUGGCACAUCUGAUGAGAGCGAUAAAGCGAUUAGAUGACCUUCAUUGCAAACAGCACCGGUGACAG